ACCAGGGUGUACCAGUCUGGCACUAGGGAACUGGUCGGGUAGGGGUGGGGAUCCAGGCACCCCAGGAGGAAGGUAGGCAGUGCCCACACCUAGGCCCAAGGUCACUGGGCACCGGUGGGCACGCGUGCCAUGCCUGAGCCCAAAGAGCAGCCCUCAGGGCGCGCCAGCCCUCUGGGCCCUGGCAGUGCGGGAUCGUGUCCACCCAUUCGUGGCACAGGCUGCACUGCACGCGCCGGCCUGACCCAGCCUCUGACUCACCCGCCUGGUGACCACAUAGCUGGAAUCCUACACCACCACAGCCCAGCCUCUCCCCGCCUCUGGCGACAGUCAGGAAGUCCCUCCCUAAGUCACACUUCAGGCUCACAGAGGGUUGCUAACGGGGCCCCUAGAACGGGGACUGCCCUGGGAGGUCCUGGUACUGGGCCCGAGACCACCAUCUCUCCCAGGUCCCUGCUUCUCUUAGGCAGCCAUGGCUCCCAAGCGCAAGCCCCCUGUGCAGGGUGAGGGCCCUGACAAGAAGAAGGGACGGCAGGGGACAGAGGAGGACAGCUUCCGGGCCGCUGCGGAGGCCCUCAAGGCCGCGCCCACAGAGAAGCGCACGGUUCGCGUGGACGCCUCCUGUCCCCUCAGCCGCAGCCCCGGGGCCCAGGUGCACGCCGACUACGACUGCACCCUGAACCAGACCAACAUCGGGAACAACAACAACAAGUUCUACAUCAUCCAGCUGCUGGAGGACGGCGGGCGCUUCGCCUGCUGGAACCGCUGGGGCCGCGUGGGUGAGGUGGGCCAGUCCAAGCUCAGCUACUUCCCGUCCCUGGAGGACGCCAAGAAGGACUUCGAGAAGAAGUUCCGGGACAAGACCAAGAACAGCUGGGCGGAGCGGGAGCACUUCGUGGCCCACCCCGGCAAGUACACGCUCAUCGAGGUGCAGGGCGUGGACGAGGCCCAGGAGGCUGUGGUGAAGGUGCAGUCCGUCUGCACCCAGGUGGACGGAGGCCCUGUGAGGGUCCUGGCUCAGCGCGUGCGGCCCUGCUCCCUGGACGCAGCCACGCAGCAGCUCAUCACCAACAUCUUCAGCAAGGACAUGUUCAGUGACGCCAUGGCCCUCAUGAACCUGGACGUGAAGAAGAUGCCGCUGGGGAAGCUGAGCAAGCAGCAGAUCGCGCGGGGCUUUGAGGCCCUGGAGGCCCUGGAGGCGGCCCUGAGAGGCCCCGGGGCCGGGGGCCGCAGCCUGGAGGACCUGUCCUCCCACUUCUACACGGUCAUCCCCCACAACUUCGGCCGCAGCCGGCCCCCGCCCAUCACCACCCUGGAGCUGCUGCGGGCCAAGAAGGACAUGCUGCUGGUGCUGGCGGACAUCGAGCUGGCCCAGACCCUGCAGGCGGCCCCCGAGGAGGAUUUGAAGGAGGUGCCAGAGGUGCCCCACCCCCUGGACCGAGACUACCAGCUCCUCAAGUGCCAGCUCCAGCUGCUGGACCCAGAGGCACCCGAGUACAAGGUGAUCCACACCUACUUGAAGCAGACCGGCAGCAGCUACCGGACCCCGGAGCUGCAGCACGUUUGGAAAGUGAACCGAGACGGGGAGGGAGACAGGUUCCAGGCGCACUCCACGCUGGACAACCGCAGGCUGCUGUGGCACGGCACCAACGUGGCCGUGGUGGCCGCCAUCCUCACCAGCGGGCUGCGCAUCAUGCCACAUUCCGGCGGCCGCGUGGGCAAGGGCAUCUACUUCGCCUCGGAGAACAGCAAGUCGGCCGGCUACGUUACCACCAUGUCGUGUGGGGCCCACCGCAUCGCCUACAUGUUCCUGGGCGAGGUGGCCCUGGGAAGGGAGCACCACAUCAUGGCUGACGACCCCAGCCUGAAGCAGCCGCCCGCCGGCUUCGACAGCGUCAUCGCCCGAGGCCGCACAGAGCCCGAUCCCGCCCAGGACACGGAGCUGGAGCUGGACGGCCGGCGGGUGGCAGUGCCCCAGGGCCCGCCCACGCCCUGCCCCGAGUUCAGCCGCUCCUCCUUCUCCCAGAGCGAGUACCUCAUCUACCAGGAGAGCCAGUGCCGCCUGCGGUACCUGCUGGAGGUGUGCCUCUGAGCGCCCCCGCACCCGGCCCUGCCGGGACAGACUUCUCGCCCACGUCACCGCUUCUCGCUCCCAAACCUCCCUCUGUGUCCCGGACGGUGUCCCCGCUCCCUCCGUUCCCACAGCCCCGGCCUGGCUGCAGCCGCCGAGGUGACGGGUGCGAGGGACUGGCAUCCCUGGGACACAGUGCCGCAGCCUCUUGGGGGCUGAGGAGUGAGGGGGCGCAGGCUGAGGAGGGGUCAGACCCCGUAGCCGCCCGGGCCGUCCACUCAGGCCCCGCCUGUCCCUCCCAGAGGUGUGGCCGCCAGUGGAGGCUGGACUGCAGGCAGCAGGUUCGUUACACACUGGGUCCGCUCA